GCCGUCGGUACAACUUGGGGCUUGAAUCGAGGCGUCGCCGAAUCGUUGGACUUGAGGCCAAUGCAAGGAGCCCUCACGGAGAAACGCGACGAUGACAAUUAAUGCAUUGUUACGAAUAAUCGUGGGCCUUUGUGCCACCCUCUCGGUGUCAGGUGCAGCGGUUGACACUUCAUACAAGGAGUACAAGUUCCGAACAAAGUUGGACCACUUUGCAUUUCACAACAAUAAGACAUUCGAGAUACGCUACGUGAUGGCUGAUCAGUAUUGGAACCGCGAUGGCGGGCCGAUAUUUUUUUACACUGGAAAUGAAGAACAGUUGGAAAAGUUUAUUACAAACACGGGCAUCAUGUGGGAGUGGGCGCCAGAGUUCAAAGCCCUCGUAGUGUUCGCCGAGCAUCGGUUUUACGGCCAGUCGCUGCCGUUCGGAAACGAGUCAUACCAGAGUCCUCACCACCUCGGCUAUCUCACGUCUGAGCAAGCACUGGCCGACUACGCAGACCUCAUACUGCACCUGAAGUACACGAUACCUGGAGCUGAGAAGAGCGCCGUGGUGGCGUUCGGGGGCUCGUACGGCGGGAUGCUGGCCGCCUGGUUUAGGGUGAAGUACCCUCACAUCGUGACCGCGUCCCUCGCUGCAAGCGCCCCCAUCAACAUGUCACCGGGCCUUGCACCUUGCGGCAAGUUCAACGAGGCGGUAACGGCUGCGUACGAACGGGAAUCCGAACUGUGCUCAGCCGCCAUAAGAAAAUCGUGGACGGAGUUGCAGAAGCUGGGAUAUUCUGUGGCCGGCUGCAAACAGCUGCGACGGAAGUUCGGGCUUUGCCAGGAGUUGCACCCGAGCAACUACACGCUCCUCAGAGACUGGAUCAAAGAGAACUACGGGACUAUCGCCCUGGUCAACUUUCCAGAGCCUUCUGAUCUCGUCGGAGCCGUGCCGGCCAGUCCUGUGCGGGUGGUGUGCGAGGGCUUCGUAAAAGCUCCAGCAAACAACAAGUCGGCCUUGGUAGAUGCCGUUGUGAGGGCUGUGAAUAUCUUAUUCAACAGUACGGGACAGCGCAAGUGUAACGACCUGUUCAUCUACCAGCGACACAUCCCUGGUUACAGUUUUCAGAAAUGCAACGAACUUAUGACGGCUACUUGCGGCAACGGCGUGACCGACAUGUUCUUCCCCUACACAUGGAAUGCCACUGCCGAGUUGGAGCGAUGUCAGAAGCAGUUCGGCAUCACGCCGGACUUUUACCGUACCAUCAUGCUCUACGGCGGGGACAGGUUUGACACAGCCACAAACAUCAUAUUCAGUAACGGAGAGUUGGACCCAUGGUCAGUCCUGGGCGUACUCGAACCCUUAUCGGACGACGUGGUGGUACUCAAGAUACCGGGCGCCGCGCAUCACGCGGACUUGAGGUUCUCGCGGCCGAGCGACCCACCGGAAGUGGUACGAGCACGCCAGAUAGAGAGGACGUACAUCCGCAGGUGGAUAGCCGAGGCCGACGAGUCACCCGAAAGAGGCAGGAAGGAGGUACUAGUCUCAAGGAUUGCCAAAAGGAAGAAGCAGAGGAGGAAGACGCUGAUAAAGCACCUUCUUUUCCGAUUUCCGGAUGAAGAUUGAGUGAGCCGCAUUGCGUUCCUACGUGUUUAUCAGCCAGUUACUGUUUUGCGAAUGAGUGGCGCAGGAGUUAUGAAAGAGAUAAGAUAAACCGCCAGUUUGUAGCAUAAAGCCACGAGAAAAUGAGUACCGAAGAUUCUAGUAGAGGAAAAGUUUGCCCUACUGCGGAAAUAGAACUCGGGACCAACGCUUUUCAGAGGUGGUCCCUUUACGAAGAGCAACUUGGUAGAGCGACUACCCCGGAAAGGUGUUGCUCUGGCAUUCGGUACCCGGAGCACGAUGAAUUUUUCUUCAACUAGGAGCACUUUUCGUGAGAAAUCAGCGGGAAUUUUCCAGUGGCGUUGUGCUCUAAACUGGUGGUUUAAAUUAUCCAUGUUAGUUAUUGCAUUGUUUAUGUUGAUUUUGUUAUUUCGCACCAUGGCUGAUGAACACGUGGUCCAUACAAAUUAUAUGCAUAGGCGUGAACAAGGUUCCACUUCGGGGCGU